AUGAGACUCCAAUUCUUUCCAGAAGUUUCUAUUUUACUGGCAUCAACACUCCUCUCUGCCGAGGCAACAUCCACUCCACCUAGUGGCGAACGAGUAUUGCGGGCUGCCACACGGAGUUCGGAUCUAUACCGACGGAGCAACAAGAUCGAAAAGAAGUACUCGGCCUCCCUAUCAUAUGUUGACGGAGCAAAUGGCCAGACUGUAUUUGCAUCCCAGGUCAAAGUCGGCUCUGAGAGACCUGUAUUGAAGCUGGAAGAUAUUGAUCAUCAUCUUCAAGAUGUAGAGUGCAAGGGUGAUUCAAUGAAGCUUCGCUUUGGUGAUAAGGUUCAUGCCAGAGAUACACGAAAUGCUUGCCACGGCGGCGUGAUAAUCACCUCUCAUGAGGGCUGCAACGCCGAGGGUGAACGCUCGUUCUACAAGGUCGAUAAAGUAGACGAAGCUGAUGACGGUCUCACGCUCGAUCUGAUAAUCAUCUCGAAAGAAUGGGAAGAGGCAUUUUCGAGCGUUACAAUCGACUUCGGGAGCACCGAUGAGAGCCAUAUCAUCAGACGACACGAAGAUUUUCGAAAGUUGCGUAUGCUUCGCAGGCAAGACCCAACUCCGACAGCGCCUCCUCAAAUGCUGGCAUUGAGUGUCCCCACAGACGAUCCAGCAGAUAUCAAAAAUGCCACCUUAGACAUCGCGUCUUCAAACAUCAACACGACCUUUGGUUCAGACAGGUUCUUGAGCGGUCUCGCAGAUCUUACGGCACAGCCAGAUUUGCCCGUAGAUAUCGGAUGCAAGAAUUGCACUACCACAGGUAACAUCGUUCUCAGCAGAGGCUCCAUCGACGUCGACAUGAGCACGCUCAUCUUUGGUAUCGACAAAGGCCACAAGAAGCCCCGACUGAGUGCAAUCAAAAGCGGAUUCUUUGAGUUAGCCGCCAAUGAUGUCAGCGCACAUAUUGAGCUUUUCGCUCAGCUCAAGCGAGGUGGAUCGUACGACAUUGAAUAUCUUGCAAUCCCGGUGGUUGGUUUUGCCAUUCCAAACGUCGGAAAGGCAGGUCUCACGUAUACUGCUGCCAUCCACGCAGCUUUCAAUAUGUCUGAUAGCCCAUUGGAACUGAAUACGGGCUUUGCAAUGAAGGUUCCCGAGAAAUCGUCCAUCAGGCUUGACCUCGCGAAUCUACCUGCCAGCGGUAUCUUUGGCUUUCCCAACACCACACUGACGCCUCUACCCACGAUGGCUGGGGUGAGUGAUCUUGAUAUGUUCUUCGACCUCAGCAUGAGAGCUGCCGUCAACGUCGGCUUCGACGUACUUAGCAGAUUCCAAGCCGAGGUCUCCAUCAACCUGGAUCUCCCCAAGUCCAACCUCCGGCUCACGACUGAACCCGACCCCAGCUGUGCUGCACCAGCACCACUACCACCAGCAGUUCAGGCUCCGGCUCCGGCUCCAGCUCCUCCAGCGGCACCUGCACCUGCACCUCCAGCAGCACCGCCAGCAGCACCGCCAGUAGCACCGCCAGCAGCACCGCCAGCAGCACCACCACCAGCACCGCCAGCAGCACCACCACCAGCACCUCCAGCAGCACUGCCAGCACCAGAAGUACCAAGCAAUCCAGUCGCUCCUUCACAAGGCGGACUCACACCACGUGACGCCAAACCCCUCCAGGUGACAGCAGAAAACAUCGGCGUCGCCAUCGGCGUGGAAAUGGUUCUCAACCUCCCCCUCCUCGAACCCGCCAGCACCCGCAUCCCCAUCUUCGAGACUGCAAGCACGUUCGACAAGUCCUGCAACCCUACAUCAGCCCCCUCUCCCAUUCAAAACAGGAACAACCCCCUCAGUGACAACAGCCCCGUCCCGGCCCUGGCCACACCCCCAGCACUCGACUUCCGCCAUGCCUUCCCUCCCUAUCCGGUACCAGAGAACGACACGAUCCUGCCAUCGGGCUCGGGAGCCCCAUCUGCUACUUACGGCUUCAAUCCCUCUGCAACGUACGGAAACCCUUACUCCACCGCCACGGGAACAGGGGCAGGAAACAAUUCGCUGCCUGAGUUCACGGGCAGUGCCGCGAAAACGACUAUGGUGUCGCCUAUCUUCGGCGGUUCGCUCGUGUGGCAGAGUCUUGUCGUUUCGUUGGCGGCGUUGGCGGGCGCGAUGUGCGUGCUAUGA